UUGGUCAUUACAUUAUUCCAUAUGUGUUAUUUCAUAGUUUUGAUGUCUUCACUAUUAGAAAAUAAACCCUUGAAUGAGUACAGUAGGUGUGUCCAAACUUUUGACUGGUGCUGUAGCUUUCACCUAUCCUGUCCUUUCAGAUGACUGGAGAAGAAGGAAAGGAAGCCACUUUACACUAUUGAGAUGAGCCUGUUGUGUUGAAUGAAAGGAAAACAGGCUGAUCAGGCCUGUAGUAUGUCCCCCUCUGCUGGUAUGACACUAGUAGUAUUGGAGCGUUCUCCACCUCUAUCAUCAACAACACAUAGUCACCUAAAAUACAAUUUCCUUUAUUAGUUCAACAAUAUGGAACACAGACUCUUAAGUCUAUCGACAUGUUUGGGUAUUUUUGUUGAUUAAAUCAUCUCAUCCUGGAGCAGAAUUGUUUUGUUUGCAUAUGAAAAUGGAUGUUUUAGCAGUUUCUACCCCUCUUUAGUGUCCACAGCAAACUCUUUUCCUAAUAGCUUUGGCAAAGAGUUCAUCACUGCAUUCCUGGAGAACAUCGCCUUUUACCAUCCCACUCAGCCUUACAACAGAAUUGUAAUCACAGCACUACACAGUGACACCACGGUAAUUGUGAAAAUGAGGGAACUGGGUUCCACAGAUACCAGGAACCUGAAUGCAGCACAGGAAGUUGUGAUUCAGACAAGUGCAGAACUCAAGAGGUCAAAGUUCUCUAACAACACAAUCCAUGUGACCAGCAACAAAGACAUCAGUGUCCUUGCCAUCAGCCAAAGAGGUGAAAGCAUCCAGGCCACGGUAGUCCCACCGGUGGAGAGCUUGGGUACAGAGUACCAUGUCCCCCCUAUACCUGAGAUGAAGCAUCCUCAGCCUCAAAUAGACCCAGGGAACCAUUUGUUUAGGCUCAUCAUCAUAAACAAUAAAGAAACUAACGAGGUCACCAUCUCAGGGCCAGCAGGUGAGAACGAGACUGUCUCACUCCAGCCGUUCCAACUGGUUCAACUCGGGCUCAAUAGAUCGCUGCCAGAGCCACACGUAUUGGCCGACCACCCCGUGGCGGUUCUGUACAGCCACCCAUGUGCUGCCACAACUAACUGCACCUGUAGUUUUCUGUUCAGCCCUCUGUACCCCGUCACAGCUUGGGGGUCAGAAUACCUCGUGCACCCCUCUUUGGAGAAUGGAGCUUUGAAUGAAACUACCUUCCUGCUGACGACCAACCAAAGUGUGAGUUUACUCAGCGAACCCCCCACAGAGCCCCUCCAACUGCAGUCUUCCCACGAGCUGCCCUUCUAUCCCUUCCUCCCUGGUGGCUCCUCCCUGGUCAAGACCUCCAGUCUUGUCUCCCUGACCCUCCACAGGCCAGGCCUACUCCUCAGCCUCAUCCCAACGCAUAGCUUCUCCACCUGCUACCUCCUCCACUCCCUCAACGCCAUGAGGAACCAGGCCCUGUUAGUAGCCCCCACAGCCCAGACAGAGGGGGUGCAUCAGGGGAACACAGCCCUGGAUGUCACAUGGACUCCCAUGAUGGGGACUGAGUACUCCUGGGCACUCAUUGACUUUGGAACAGAAUACAGGAGGCAUGUCAUCUGGCAUAGUUCCUCCAAAAUGGCUGCUUACUACUUGGGAGAGACAAACGGCAUGGUUUUUGGGAAUCCGGCUGCCAGCAUCAGCACAGAUCCAGAUUCUAAGGGCUGUUUGCUGAGGCCAGAGGUUGUGACACUUGGGGAUGAGCAGGGUGGCUGGCCCGAGUCUCUGAAGUACUGCCAAGAUCAGGGCUACAGUCUGGUCAGCCUGAACACAGAAGAGUUUCUACUUCACGUGACCAAUAAACUGAGGGAGUCUGAGACCCAGAUUCAGGGACAGACGCAGGGUCAGGUGUGGAUAGGCCUCCGUCGGAGCUCACUGACAGGGCAGUGGUACUGGCUGAGCAAGGCUGCUGUGUCCUUCAGUCACUGGGCCCAGGGCGAGCCAGGGACCCCCAUACAGGGCCAGUGUGCCAUGAUGACACUGGACCCCCAGGGAAACUAUACCUGGAGCGACCAGAGCUGCUGUGAAGCUCUCCCAGCCGUCUGCUACAGAGAGCCACUACACUUCCCCCUCCAGUAGAGCUCUAUACAUGACCACGUCUCUUUCUGUAGUACCCUUCAGACAUUAUACGCACUAGAUUCAAGCCCCUUUGUGAAGGGCAUUUCAUAAGAUAUAUUCUCUAAACAGCUGUACUGUAUGUCUCAAUCCAGAAUGAUUGAAACCGACUGAUGUCUCUGAUCUAGGACUUCUUGACAAAUAAGACUGUUUCUACUUGUUAUUCAUAUUAUAGGUCCAAACCUGAUUGUAUCAAAUCAAUGAAAUAUUAUCUACUGUAGUCUUGUGUAAAGUCUUUGAUAAGAUGUAACAUAUGAAUUGAAAUACUGAGGAGUUAACUAGAUAAAUGUUUUCCUUUUGCAAAUGAUAUAGACAGGUUGGUUGAUUAGCUGCAAAACCGACACUUGUGCAAUUAUGGGGCGAAACACCUGGUUGGCUUAGACUAUUGACAACAUGUAAACUAUAUUUAAUCUCAAUGUUUAUAAAUAAAAAUACAUUUGCA